AUGGUCACUGCCACCAUCAACGGCCAAGUCGUCUCCUGGGUCAACCAAUAUGCCGGCAGUGCCUCUCCUCCGGCGCCAACUCCGGCCCCCGCUUCACCCCCAGUUGAAGGAACUGAAGGAACUAAGUACCCGACUAAGUAUCCCUCACCGAUUGUCGAUCCAGGUGCCGGAAACUGGGGCCGCCAGGGUUAUUACAAUUCCGCAGGGGGUCAAGCUGAUGGGCUUGUGUUCCUAAACCAUCAUGGAGGUGACAAAUCUGGUGUUUUUGAUUACGCCUUGGGAAACUCGCUCUCCUACGCAUCUACAGAUGGCUGCAAUGGUGCUGCCAGCCCCAUGAUCCUCGCUGACAAGCUGCUGCCUGACAAUAAAGAAAUCGUCAUCAUGACGGACAAGCCGUGCAAUGGCGACUGUGGCACUGUCCGCCCCGGCACCGUUGCUUACCACGGCUUCGACGGCGACAGAAAACUAUUCCUCACCGAAUUCUCCAUGCCCAACACGGGAAAAACCGGCUGGAACGAGGACAUGCCUGCCGCUUGGAUCCUCAACGCCGCCAUCCCCCGCACCCUCCAGUACGGCAAACCCGAAUGCUCGUGCUGGAUAUCCGGCUGCGGCGAGUUCGACGUCUUCGAGGUUCUCGAUGCAGGCAACACGCGCGCCAAGUCGACGCUGCACGGCAACAGGUCCGGCGGCGACAGCCAUUGGUUCCCGAGACCUACUUCGAAGACGCUGAAGCUUGCUGUACUGUUUAAUGGUGCGGCCAAUUCGGUGAAUAUUAAGAUUCUGGAUGAUUCAUUUGAGUUUAAACUGACUCUUGACGUAAGUGAGAUUGAAGCCAUGUUGGCGGAGAAGGUAGAGUCUGCAUCGACGUUUGCGGUGGUGUAG